UUGCCCUCGGGAGCGCCCUUCACGAUUUCACGGCGGCGGCCGACGUGGCGGGAUCGGGAUCGGGGUAGAAUCCCGCCCUGCGAUCGGGGAAACGCCGCUUCCCCCCGCGGCACUCGGCCGCCUCCCGUCACCACUUCCGGGUGAGCGGCGGUGACCUCCGCCCCCUGACCCUGCCGCUUCCUUUCCAGCGGCGGCCGCCGGAGGAGACGCGCAGAAAUGGCACCUCGUAAGGGCAAGGAGAAGAAGGAAGAACAGGUCAUCAGCUUGGGACCUCAGGUUGCUGAAGGAGAAAACGUGUUCGGCGUCUGCCAUAUCUUUGCUUCCUUCAAUGAUACUUUCGUCCAUGUGACUGAUCUCUCUGGCAAGGAAACCAUCUGUCGUGUGACUGGUGGCAUGAAGGUGAAGGCAGACAGAGAUGAGUCUUCUCCCUACGCAGCUAUGCUGGCAGCCCAGGAUGUUGCCCAGAGGUGCAAGGAACUGGGCAUCACUGCCCUGCACAUCAAGCUGCGUGCUACCGGUGGAAAUAGGACCAAGACUCCUGGACCUGGUGCUCAGUCAGCACUGAGAGCUCUGGCCCGAUCUGGAAUGAAGAUCGGCCGCAUUGAGGAUGUCACCCCCAUCCCCUCUGACAGUACUCGCAGAAAGGGUGGUCGCCGUGGACGUCGUCUGUAAACAAUGCUGCACCUUUCGUUAUUAAAGCUCUCUUUUAAACCUC